UUUGAUACUUCGGUUCUUUUAGAUCGCUUAUUUCUCCCCUCUUUUUUCUAUUUAUUUAUUUAUUUAUGAGGAGGUUAAAUGCCAGUCCUCUCUUGACCGACCAAGGUUUGCUCCCUCCCAGAUCUCACCUCGCCGGGAACCCUAACCCUAGACUCGGAUCCGAGGGAGGUAAUCCUUGCUCCAUCUUUAUGGUCCUGUUGAUCGGUUCCGUCGUCCGUCGGUGUUGGUCUUUCGGGUGUUAGCGGCUCGCGGCCGGGCGCCAUGAGGGGACUCGAUGCCGAGGGAAGCCCUAAACCUAACGACGGGGCCAGAGAAUCGGGCGAUGGCGCCGCCGGUAAUUCUCUUUUUGAUGCCUCACGAUACGCAUUCUUUGGUAAGGAUGUCAUGGAGGAAGUCGAGUUAGGGGGUCUGGAGGAUGAUGAUAAUGAUGGUAAUGGGGGUUUCGUUGGUCUUGAUGAUGAGGAAUACAAGUUUCCUUCUGUUAGUGAUAGAGAGUUUGAAGGCUUAGGAUCCUUGUCCGAGAUCGAUGACCUUGAGAGCACCUUUAGGAAGCUGAACAGGGUUGUCAGUGAACCAAGGAGCGUGGGUGUUAUUGGUGAUAGAGGAUCUUUUUCUAGAGAAAGUUCUUCUACUGCAGACUGGGCACAGGAGGCUGAUUUUCCAAGCUGGAUUGAUCAGGAAAUAUUAGAUGCUGAAGAUGUUCAGGAAGGCAAAAGGUGGUGGUCACAACCUGAUGCCACUUUGUCUCAGUUUUCUGAACUAAAACCAUUGUACAGAACAUCCUCCUACCCUCAGCAACAACAGCAAGAACACUCAAGUGAACUAAAUCCUGUACCCAAGUCAUCUUUUACUUCGUAUCCUCCGCCUGGUGGACAAUGUUAUCCUUCGUUCAACCUCACACGUCAUUCAAGCUUGCCAUCUGUUACUGCUGCAUUGCAGAUACCUGCUCCAUCCCCUUAUUCUGGUCCUCAACAUCACAUGGGGGGAUUAUCUCAUGGGCUUCACUAUGGUGUAAAUUCACAGUUUACACCUCACGGCAUUUCAUCAAUCAACAUUCCAAGGAACCAUUGGUUGAAUCAAACUAGCCUUUAUUCACGGGAACAUCCCAGCCAGUUGUCUAACUUGUUGCAGCAACAGUUACCUCUACCCAAUGGUUUAAUUCCUUCACGGAUAUUGUCACAGCAGCAACAUCAGAGAUUACAGCAGGUCCAGCCAUCUCUCACCCAUUUCCUGCACUUGCAACCUAAUAUAUUCAGCCUCCAUAACCCCCCACCUCGAAAAAUGAAAAAAUUUGAUGCAGUCAUUGGCAUGUCUAAUUCGAGAGACCAUAGAUCGAAAUCAUCUCAUAGGGGAAGACAGAAUAUAUGGUUGUCUCAACAAUCUUCUGAAACUGGCAGCCUGAAGACUGACAGCAGUUGUCAAUUUAGAUCAAAGUACAUGUCAGCCGAAGAGAUAGGAAGUAUUUUGAGGAUGCAGCAUUCAGCAACUCAUGUCACUGAUCCUUAUGUAGAUGACUAUUACUAUCAAGCUUGUCUUGCAAAAAAGUCAGCUGGUUCAAGACUGAAGCACAACUUCUGUCCAACAGCAAUAAAGGAUCCUCCAUCACGGUCACGUGGUAGUAAUGAAUCACAUGCAUAUUUUCAGGUCGAUGCACUUGGGAGGGUUCAAUUCUCUUCAAUACGUAGGCCUCGCCCUCUCCUUGAGGUUGAUAUACCAUCUUCAUCAGGUGAUGAUCGGAAGUCUUCUAUAAAGCCCCUUGAACAAGAGACAAUGUUGGCUGCUAGAAUCACCACUGAAGAUUGUAUUAGCCUUCUUCUUGAUGUAGAUGAUAUUGAUCGGGUGUUACAGGUUAACCAACCACAAGAUGGUGGGUUGCAACUGAAGCGCAGAAGGCAAGUUCUGAUUGAAGUGAUUGCUGCAUCACUUCAGCUUGUUGAUCCCCUUGGCCCUGGUAAAGCUGAUCAUUCAGUAGGUUUUGCCCCAAAGGAUGACCUUGUUUUCCUACGCAUAGUUACUCUUCCUAAGGGCCGGAAGCUCCUAUGUCGCUAUCUUCACCUUCUAAUCCCUGGAAGUCAUCUUACUCGGGUAGUCUGCAUGGCCAUUUUCCGCCACCUUAGAUUUUUAUUCGGUGGUUUACCUUCAGACUCCAGUGCAGCAGAAACAACAACCAAUCUGGCCAAGGCUGUGUCUUUAUGUGCGUGCAACAUGGAACUUAGUGCACUCAGUGCUUGCCUGGCUGCAGUGGUCUGCUCAUCUGAACAACCACCUCUUCGCCCUCUUGGAAGUUCAGCUGGUGAUGGAGCUAGCAUAAUUAUAAAGUCUGUUCUGGAUCGAGCAACAGAUCUUCUGACAGACCCUCAUGCUGCAAACAAUUAUACUGUCUCUAGUCGAACUUUAUGGCAGGCAUCGUUCGAUGCUUUCUUUGGGCUUCUUACUAAGUACUGUCUUAGUAAAUAUGACAGUAUAAUGCAAAUGUUACUCAUGCAGGCACCAAGCACUGCAGUUGUGGGAUCUGAGGCAACCAGAGCUAUUAGCAGGGAGAUGCCGGUUGAGUUGUUGCAUGCAAGUCUUCCUCACACAAAUGACCACCAGCGUAAGGUGUUACUUGAUUUUGCUCAGAGAUCCAUGCCUGUUUUUCGUGUUAGUACUCAUGGAGGUAAUAGCAGGCCUGAAAGUUCUGAAUCAGUUCCUGGUUGAUGCUCGUAAAGAUAAAUUAAAUGUCUUCAAAUAGCACUUAUGUGAUUUCAUCUCUGCAUUAUUUCUUUUCAGUAUCAAACCAUAUACAUACUCCUUGAUUACCUGAAGCAUGCUGUUUUUUUUUCCUUUCUGAACAUGCUGGUAGCUUAUGAUACCUACAACUGUAGAUUUCUGAUAAACUUCAGUCUUUUCACUCUCUUUUCUGUGGCAAUUCCAUCUUCUAUCUUGGAAACAGAAUAGUGUCAGCAUAUUUGUAAGUAUUUUGUCGAUGUUGCAACUGGAUCAGAACAUUUGUUGGAUUUGCACCUGCUUUUUCUUCCA